UAGAGUCGGAAGGUGUUUUGUGUUGUUUUGUUAGGACUAGACCUCCCCACCGGAAGAGUCCAUUCUUGCCUCCCCCUCCACCCCCGUCCCAUGAUUCAGUAGUGUAGAUGGCGGGACUCGCCAGCUCGACCGCCGCAGCGCCUGAAGUGUCGUAACGGCUCGGGCCUUCCCUCGCCCUGUCGCCGCCAGGACUGCCUCUUCCCCGCGGGGAACACACCGGGAAAGCCUGUGCGAUCGACACCACGACAUUUCAGCGCGGCACCCCCGAUCCGAAUGGGUUGAUACACCGAGAAAAUUCGACAAAAAUGACAUCAUACAAGGAGUACAUCAUUGAGCUGCCCAAUCAGGGUACAGCUCUCCUACACCACCUCAACGAGCAGCGCCUCAACGGGAAGUUCUGCGACAUCACCGUGAUGAUCCACGGACGCAAGUUUCCCGCUCACCGCGCCGUCCUGUCCGCGUCCAGCGGCUACUUCCACGCCAUGCUGGACAUUGAUAACGACCGCCACACCAUCAUCGUUCAGGACAUUUCAGCCGGGGCGUUUCAGGACCUGCUGGACUUCAUGUACUCGGCGAAACUCCGAGUCUCGGCGUGCAGUAUCGUCGAGAUCAUCCUCACUGCCAGCUACCUUCAGAUGGUGGACGUCGUGAGCGCUUGCUCGUACAUCAUCCGUCCCGUGUUUGGCAGCAACCUCCCCAUCGGGCACUUCCCGCACGCUGGGUACGGGACGGGCACCAUGGAGGCCGCGGCUCACGGUUGUGAUUGCAGUAAAUCCGGCAGCCCCUCCCUCCCCACCCCCCACCACCCGGAGAUUCGCAUCCAACCUCACGUCUUGGCCAAAGCUUCAGAAGGGUUCCAGGAGAAGGUGGAUUCCCUGGAAGUUCUGGAAAAACUGCGGCUGGAACAAAAGUAUCACGGCGCAGGAAAGGACCAGGGGGUCGAGGAGGGCAAGAAGUCCCCCCUGCCGGUCGAUAUCCAUGAAGUCUACAACCAAGGUGGCAAGAAGAACAAAAUCACCAUGAUCCACAUUCCUGGGAUGGAGCAGGGCGGCGUGCAUUCAUUCCACGGCAUGCCGCACCUGGUCCCACCUGGGCUUCGCAUCCGAGAGGCCGACAGCCACUUCUCAGCCCACGACAUCCUACAGGGGAGGGCGGACGGGCCGGAAGGCAUCCUCGACUUGCGCGUGAGGCCGAAACGAAGCGGGGAAAUGGUCGAUGGAAGAAGCAGCCCCGAAGAGGUCCGAGUUUGGAGUGCGCCAAGCUCCUUCAACACGGAGAAAGGUCCCAUCUUGAAAAUGACGAUGGACAGAAACAGCCAAGAUUGGAAAAACAUGGGGAUGGCAGAGAAGAUUGCUGCACAGUACCACAACUCAGUCCCAACACCUCCCAUGUCAGAUAAAGAAAAGGAGAGAGGAGACGAGGCAGAAGAGAUAAAGAACGAUGCCCAGGAGAAAAAGGUUGUUCCAGGGACCAGUGAGCGCAAUAAAGUCAAGAUUGUCCGCCAAACAAGUCUGGACGUGCCUGACAAGGACAACACAGACAGCGAAAAGGCACAGGAAGUCCAGCCCCCCAAGGGGAAGUGGGGAUGGAAAGCAAAAAGACAAGAGAGCGAGGAGAGCUCUGUACAUCCCAAAAAGCGAAUCUGCCUGGACUGGGACGCCCGUAGUAGGCACAGCAGUACGAGCGAAAACCUCUCGCGACAGAGUUCGUUUGAUCUCGAUGACGGCGCCACCAGUGUCAAGUCAGAAAAGGACACUUACAGUCGUGAGAAAAACUGCAUGGCUGAAAAGUGUGAUACGUCCGUGCCCAAGAAGAGGGAAGAAGAAGAUCAUCCUAAAGUCGGUAAAGAAGCCGUGAACCCCCUCGAGGCCCCGAGAUCCCCCGACGAAGGCAUGAAAAUCAAACAGGAGCAGAAAGUUGUGGAGAAGGCACAGCCCAACGUGGCCAUCCCAAACGGAGUUGGUCUGAACAAGAUGGAAGACAUGCGACAACAUUCCCCCCCGGGUGGGUACGCCCCCCCUCACAUGAACGGGGGCCCCCCUCACAUGAACGGCGGCCCCAUGUUCAACCCUAACGGCAUGCCCCCCGGUUAUCAAGAGUACGCAGACAGGCAGAACGGCAUGGCCGCUUUCCCGAACUUGCCGCCGACGGGCAUGAUGCCUUUCUCCGCAUUCCUGGCCUCGCGUGCUGGGGUGCUGACGCCGCAUCCCAACGGGGCAGCCACCAUCGAAGAGGUCCCCUACAACUACCCCCCUGACAUGAUGAGGGGGGCAGUUGAGAAGGAAGCACCACCGGGAUGGAGGGGGCCCGGGUUCGUACCAUGGGCCGGGAAGAGAGGGAGAGGCCGUGGUCGACGAGGACGGGGGAUGCAGUGCCGCACGUACGCGGAGAAGAUGAUGCAUCUACGCGCCAACGCCGAACUCGACGAAGUAUUCGGCGUCACGGAGGGUUUCCCGUCGUUGUUGGGAAACAAGGAACAUUCCAAAGCCCUGGGCAGCCCAGCCAGGUUCAUGAACGGUAACUUGUCCGAUUCGGAUUCGUCCAAGGAUGGCUCGGAGGGCAAAGUGCCAAAGAACCGCGCGUCGCCGGGCGGCAGCUCCGACGAAGUCUCGUCGCUGUCGACGGAGUUGACCCGAAAGCGUCGCAAGUACACCACGGAGUUCAAGUGGGAGGUGAACCAGAAGCUGACGGCGGACGGGAUAGACAUUGCCAGCUUGUCGGCAGAGACCAUCCUGUCCAGCGGGGAGGACCGCCCGCGCCAGCGCCCGUGGAAGCGAGUGCAGCUCCCGUGUCCGAUCUGCGGCGCGAGAUUCCCCAAGGUCGAACAGCUCCAAGAACACCUGGUGGAGCACAAGGGCGACAAGUACAGUCUGUAUUUGUCCAAUUGGAUGUGAGCGGAAUCGGCACAAUGUUGUUCCCUCUUGUUCCAUUUUGAAACGGGCCAUUGCCGUGGCCUAAGCUAUGGUGGUGGGCUCGGUGAGUGGGCUGUACCACUUGGCUCACAGGGGUUUAGCAGCGGCAUGGUGCUGGCUUGGCCCACAUCCAAUGCACCCCUACAUUGAGCAUGGCGUAAGCCAGAUUGAGUAAUUAGGCUGUACCACCCUGUCCGUUAUGGGUGGGGUCAGCUUGGGUCGUACUGCCUGUUGUAGAGGGAUUUGAAGGGUCUAGACCUGGAUCUGAUAAGCAAUAUCAACUGUGAAGGUGUUAACUUGUUGGUUACUGACCUUGUAUUGCUAACUAUCAAUCUCGUCUAUGGUAUAUUGUGCUACGGGAUUCGGUGAGCAGUGGUUAAUCUCGUAGGUGGAAACUUUGGUGCGAUGGUGUUUUUUGGUCUGUUCCCAACAGGCAGUAUCUUUAAUUGCGAUGGAAUUGAUAGAGAACGCGAAAGCUUCUCUGGAAAAACAACAACCAAAUAAUUGAAAAAAAACAAUAAAAAAUCAGAAGAGAAUUUUGAGUUGUAAAUAUUUAUGUCGUUUAUGAUAUCCUUUGAUUUCAUUUGAGCCACACAAGGAAAGAGUUGAAGAUAACGAUUGUGAAUAAUGCUAGAUAUUCAACAUCUAGCUUCAAAGGCAGUUAACAACUUUACCAGAAUGUUGUGGCCUUUUAAACUCAUGGAGAGUUUGAACUAAGUUUUAUCUGAAUCAGGUGAUCAGAUUUUUGACACAGUUGUAUUAUAUUUUUCCUGUCAUUUUUUCCUAAUGAUUGAUUAUGACAGCAAUUUCCAGAAGUUGUUUUGGAAUUGUCUUGUAGUUUUAUUUUGGUACCUGAAAACGAUCACUGCUAAACUCCAGAAAGAAAGAAGGCAACCCAAACACGGAGAAAGUUUUGGAGAAAGAUACAGUAAUAGCAGUUGGUCAACCUACAGAAAUGUAGCUCUCAUCUCUGUAUAUAGAUGUGUAUUUUUAUACUUCCUUGUGUACAAUAAGUGUACUGUGGUCCAAUGGUUUGGUAAGGCAAGGUUGACUGGUUUAGCUUGACAUCAACUCGAAUGGUACAGAAAUGUUUGUAGACCUUGCCUUUGAAAAAGUGUGUAUGUACAUGUACACGAAAGUGUGUCCUUUCCUAUUCGAGAGAUGUCAAAGUGGUGACGAAAUGAAAGAAUUUCCAGAAGGGAGAGGAGUCGGAGCACUUGUUGAAUGGUCUUCAAUACGUCCAGUUUUUACAAUAAGCCAGGAAUGCCUUGUGUCAGAAUUCAUGAAAAACGAUGGAAUUUAAUGACAGUUUAAAAGCCUUAACUUAAGCAGAACACUCGAGCGUACAGUGCCGUCGUGUCGUUCAGUGUCGUUCUGUAUACGUCAGCUGCUCGCAGUUGGGGAAAAACGUGGUGGUCUAGAUGUAGACAUGUGACCACUUACGCCACUUGAACCCACAGAGAGCGCACUUGUGACAUUAGCACAUGGAACACUUGGACGCACGUGUGCGCUGCACUCAAUAUCAUGUGCCGCUCAACUGCACUUGAUAACUGGACGAAAUGAAAGACGAAAGCCUGCCCUUUCGAGCACUUAGAAUGGAAACGAAAAACUGUCUCGCUUCACAAACAACAUUUUGUAAAGGCUGUAGGCUUAUUGUAGAACUCUUGGAAGGAUUGAUGGAGAUUUUCAAGUUUAAAAGUCAGCUUUUGUCAGCAUGUUGUUGGCACGACUAUACACAUUUCCCUGUGGUAGAAAUACACCACUAAACAAAACAUGUUGAAUGCCAACUUCAAUGCUGACUUCAGCCGAUUUUACCAAUUUUUUUGUAUACGAUGUAGGAUUUUACAACAAGGGUUGGAGGAAAUACCCUUUUGAAUCCUUGUAUAGAGUUUAUACCGUUGGUAGAAUAUGAAGUAAAUAUUGUGAUACAACAAGUAUCUAAUUGAGAUGUGUUUUUAUAAUGCUGAACAGUACAUACAAUGUCAUGUACAUGGUGUGUUAAGCAGUAACUUGUGAUGUAAAUGUCAAGUAUUAAGAAUCCCUUGCCCAGCUGCAAUAUGCAGCUAUCAUUAUUAGAAGAGACUCCUAUUGUAUUCAGAUGGAACUGCAAAUUUAUGUUGCUUUGUGAUAGACCUGUAUUAAAAAUUUGCUUAAUUAUAUAAAACAGCUACUUGUUUUUGUAUAACAUUUAUAACUUAUAAUCACGAGUCGUAUUGUAACAUUGUAUCAUUUGAUAUUGAUCCUACAUUAUUUCAUAGGUGUAAUUUUUUUCAUGAUUGUCUAACUGAAUCUAUUUGCCUAAUUUUGAGUUUAAUUUUUGACUUGGAUUUAGUUUUUAUUGACCGAUUCCUUUUAAUAAGUACAAUUUUUCUGCUGCCCCUUUCAGCUUGGCAAGGGACUAGGAACAAGGAUAUUACUAGUAGUCUGUCUUGUCUAAUGUGUAUGUGUUUCAAUAAUUUCCAAGUGCUAGAUGUAAUAGAUAAUGUUACAUGUAGUAACAGUUGUAUUUGUCACAACUUGAGGCACUUUGUCAUGUAAGCCUUGUGUUUUCAUUUUCAUACUUUCAAAAGCAGGAAAUACAGUUGCAUUUAGGCAGUGAUGUCUUGUAUUAUUUAAAGCUACAUUCUCGGCCUUCCUUUUUUCUUGCACUUUUCUCCUAAUACUGGUGCAUUUUCUGUGCUCUGUAAGUCAAAAUGAAACAAUUUCAUAUGAAAACUGAUAAUAAAAUUGGUUAAGGAUGGUCUCAGAAGUUAAAACUUGGGUCCACCAUUCGAAUAAAGUCUCAAACAUGACAGGAAAAUAAAAUUGCUUUUUCAUUAAAAAUGAAUAUGAUCAAUGUAAAUUCAUGUACCCCUAUUGCAUCUUAACAAUUGAUAAGUGCAGUAACUGUAAUUCAUUGUCGACAAAAUCUUCUUGAGAAAAAACAUGAUAAUUAUAGUCACAUCAGAUAUUCUCUAAAA